AUGGCGGGACUUCUCACAAAGUUUCCCAACUCUGAGGUGAAGAUCUCAGCACAGGAGAUCACAGCACCUCUCCAUGCGCUCGGUCUGACAACAACUGUCUUGGCCAUGCGCAAAGGAAUGGAGGAUCUUUCAGUUGAGAAGAAUGACCCUGAGAGCCAUCAACAGCAGCUGCGUUCCAACAACAAACUAGCGCUUUGGCUGACCAUCACCUGGGAAGAGCUGGACAACCUUCGUGAUCCGACAACAUCGGAUGUAAGGGUGCAGUCUCUUCACGGAAGACAGCGUCUUCCAAGGUGGGACAAACUUGUUCUCGCCACAACCCCGGCGGGAGCCAUGUGCACCUGGUAUUACCAUUCAACGGAACAGCACCUUGGAACUUUCAACAAGAAGGAGCUGAUUCUCCUCAGUUGGGAGCCGGAGCAAAUCCAACAUGCUAAGCGUCUUUCCUCAGGAACUUUGACAAGUUUCUCACGGGGCUACUGCUUUCCGCAGUUUCAGCUCGACGCAGGGCAUGUGUACAACAUGACCAAAUAUGAGUAUGAGAGCCAACAGUCGUGGAUUGUUUUCAGCAGUGACCAGCUGAGCAUCAACCACCGCAUUGGCACUUACUACUCUCGGUCAAAGACAUGGGCAUGGGACUACAACGUACCCAUCAACUUGGCAGAGAUCAAAGACACCAGCCAUGUUCAGUGGCCAGCAGCACUGCAGGCCUUGUGGUACAGCGGGUUGCCGUGUCUGGAUAGUAUGGACGAAGCGGUGAGCAGCCAGAUCGACGGGCCGAACCCUGUCUCCUGGAUUAACUACAACGGCAUCAAGACAGCCGACCGGGUGCGCGGCACAGACGCCGUCAUUGCCUGGGCGGACACUAUGGAUGUCCAGGAGUACAUGGAUGAGAUCAACAAAUGGCGUGCGGAUCCAACAAGUGGCAAUGACGAUGCGGAGAUGCCGGAUGGCGCAGGAGAUGAGGUGGCCCACACCAAGUGA